UGUGCGACAGGUCUCAACUUGCGCGUGCCGGUGUUUUGUUGACGACGUCAAUUUGACAUCGUACAGAUAUAUGUUGUGGGAGUACAUCGAGAAUAGGCACUUAAUUAUUUAUGUGUGUUAAUCGAAAAAGUGAAGUUCUGUGAGAUAUUCUGAGGAUUUAAGAGCCAGAGAGUCAUUCGAAAUGGGUCCCAAGAAGGAACAGGGCCGCACUGUGUUCAUCAUAAAUGUCGCAGUGCCCAGUAAACAAGGACUGGACAAUGAUUAUCUGAAGAAUGCUAAGGAGCUCGUGAGAAAUAUGGUAGAGAAGAUGAUUUUUAACACACCGAGGAGCGAAGCAGGUAUUGUUCUGAUCGGCGUGGAGAAUGAUUCUGGUCCCCUGGGCAUGAUGAAUCUCCAGGAGAUUCAAACGGUUUCUUGGGACAUGGUGAAAAAGAUCGAGGAAAUACAGAGUUAUGAGGGGGUUUUCUCGAAAUGGCUCGGGGGAUUCAAGGCUGCUCUGAACGUUAUCAACGAGGCAUAUGGAGAAUUGAGAAAGUCCAAGAUUGUGCUCAUCUCAGAUUUCCCACCAGACCCGUCUCAGACGUUCAAACAGUUCGAAGGCAUUGUUGAGAAAUUCAAGGAAAAUGGCAUUGAGUUAAUAUGCGGUGGCACUAAAGAUUUGAACGAUGUACCGAGGGAAGAGCUCAAUACCAACGAGCAGAAGAUAUUGGAGUUUUGUAAAAAAGUGGAAAGUCGGUACCGUCCUCUCGACUAUAUGCUCAAAGAAUCGAGGUUCUACGAUGAAGAACGCACGAGAUUCUGUCCAUGGAAUUGUGAUUUGGAAAUACAUACCAUUAGAAUUCCUAUCAGAGUAGCUGUCAGGGCCUCUAAGAACGAGAUGAAGAAACCGUGGGGACUGAUGUCAAUAGCAACUGAAGAUGGUACGAAAAAGGAGGCUCCACAGGCAGUAGAACGAAAGAAGGAGCUGGUGGAUCGCAACACGACUGUUCAUGCGAAAGAGGACACAGUCAAAGGCUACAUGUGUGGAAAGACAUUCAUUCCUGUUACGGAGGCGGAUGAACAAGGUAUGGAACUCCCUUUUGAGGAAAAAUCUUUCAAGCUGUACGGCGUUACCAACGCGGAGACAGUGUUAUUCAGGUACAGGACUGGUCCUUCGACUUGGCUGGUUCUUCCUCAAGAGGGGUAUGAAGAACCUUUCUUCUAUUUCCUGAAGGUAAUGGGGAAAUUGAAUCUUGUUGCACUCGUUAGGAGAGUCUACCAGAAUGGGGGUAAAAAUCCAACGAUAAAUAGUUUGACACCAUGCAUACAGGAUCCUGAGCUGCCCUGGUGCUUCGUAAUGCAUCAGCUGAUAUUCACUGAAGAAGAGAGCAGGGUGGAUGUCCAGUCAUUGGACUCAGUGAUACCGAACUUGACAAAGAAGGAGAAAGAUGCAGUUGGGGAUCUCAUUGAUGCAAUGUUCGUGGGGAAUGAUGGAGAAGAGCCUACAGAGCAGUUUAUUCGAGCCCCUGAACGCCAGCACCUCUGGAAUAUCAAGGCAUUUCGAGCUCUCCACCCAGACGAGCCACUUCCUCCUCCUAAAGACUACCUGAUGGCCCGUCUGGAGCCUCCGAAGUCCAUCGACAUGGCAGAAGUGAACUCUUGCAUGGAGCGGUUGAUUAAUUUGUUCGAGUUGAAGCCUGAGGAAGUUGUGCAAGUUGUGCAGGAGAAAUCUGACAUGGAAGUUGAUGGUGUGAAUGAGAUUCCAGGCAAUCUCGAAAAAGGAAAUUCCCAGGGACUUCCAGUAACUGAUAAAGUGAUGAUCGAGAAAACGGAAAAAAAUACACAGGAUUCUCAACAUCUGAGUUUUAAUGUGUUUGAUGGUUAAAGAGUGAUAAUGCUGCUAAAUUACUCCACAUAUUCCUAUGGUCGUACAAAAAAUAUGAUGUUAUCAAGAAUGGAGGAUGUUUAGAUAUUUGAGAAAGUGUAAAACUGAGUGUUUUUAAAUACAAACAAAUAUUUUCGGUAA